CAGUUACUUACUAAAGGUAACCACGCCGUGCCUUCGACCAAAGCGAAACGUGGUUCCCAAGCUCUCCCAGACAACAACAACGUCCUAUCUCGAAAACAUGUCGAAUUUCAACACGGAUAGCAGCGUCGCUAUCGAUCAGGAUUUUUUCGACAGUGGUUACACCUAUGGUGAUCAGAAAGAGCAACCUUAUGAUGGAUACAGCUACGGUCAACAGUAUCCAGAUUAUGGACAAACAGCCCAGCAGGAGCCGACGUACAACUAUCCUUCUUCAUCGCAUACCCAAGGGUUCUACGACUCGUCGUCGUACAACUAUAGCGGAAAUUAUUCCUACGAUUACGGAGCUUCAGGACCCACGACUAUGAGGUCCAGUGGACAUGGAGGCUAUGGAAUGGAAGGAUCGAUGAAACCGCGCCAGAUAAGCGAGGACUACACGAGUUUUGAAGACGAACCUCCACUUCUGGAAGAACUCGGGAUCAAUUUUGAACACAUCUGGCUUAAGACCCUUUCUGUUUUGAACCCACUGCAACACACAGAAGCCAACAUCAUGGAUGACACAGAUCUUGCUGGUCCACUGGUGUUUUGCUUGGCAUUUGGUGGAUGUCUGCUGCUGUCUGGUAAGGUUCAUGGGUUUGGCUAUAUAUAUGGAGUUGGUCUGCUUGGCUGUCUUGCUAUGUAUGCCAUUCUGAAUCUAAUGAGCAUGACUGGAGUUGACUUUGGCUGUGUUAUUAGUGUUCUUGGAUAUUGUCUCCUACCCAUGGUCAUUUUGUCCUGCAUCUCAAUUCUUCUUUCAUUACAGGGAAUUCUUGGCACAUUAUUAACAGCAACGACAAUAGGUUGGUGUAGUUUGUCAGCAUCAAAGCUGUUUGUGACAGUGCUUGCUAUGGAUGCUCAGCAACUGCUCGUUGCUUAUCCUUGUGCUCUGCUGUAUGGCGUUUUUGCACUUCUGACAGUUUUUUAGCAGCAAAAUUGUGAUCAAAUUUGUUGAGUUGUCCUGCUUCAGCAGUUGGAACAGAGGAGAGUGAAUUUCAACCAUACUAAUGGAGCAUUGUCAUUACAGAAGUCAUAAAUUAUUGUUUAUUAGGGUUUAUCAUUGGCCUAUACAUCCUCUUGUUGUUUUUUCUAGCCCCAACUUUAAACAACAAGAGACGAAUGAUUCAGAAGGCUACUUUGUUAUGGGCAGAUGCAAUUUAUUUGUAGCUUGCUAUAAAUUUAAAUCAGGUAUUACUACUGGCAUGCAAUUAUCUAUUAAUUAAACUUGGUAAUGUAUAAAAGUGUUUUCAUUAAUAUAAUUUGACGUUUUUUAAAGGAUAUAUCGUGAUGUACUUACUGACAAUUGCAUUCUUUCUGCCAACAAACCUGAGAGGAGACGUGCAAUAUUCACAUUAUUUUUCUAGUUUUCAUACAUUUGAGCAGGAAAAAGAUUAAACAAUCUGGCAGACAAGUAUGCCCCAUUUGCAAAAAUUUGUGUCGGAAAGAAGCAGUCAAUCUUCUCAUUAGUUGGAAAAGAUUAACUCGGUUUUGUAAGUUGGAAAUAGCAAGGUUUCCAUUAGUUUGCUCUGAAACUUGGUUCUGCUUGGUAAGGAGACUUCAUACAGAACAGUUGACGAUAGACUCUAAAAAGAAAUUUGUAGAGGAGUUCCCUGGCAGUACUGUGUAAUGCGUAUCAUGAAAAUUUUGCAAAGGUUUUUUUUUCCUGGGGAGACUAUCCUCAAAAAUUGAAACCCGCAAAUUUUUUCCUGGAACACGACAAGUGAAUUCCUAACGCUCCAAACUUUACGAAGUAACUUAGUAAUUAAUAAUUUAAUACUCUGAGUCUAGGUUCACUUUGUAAAUAGGGAAGUUGUGAAUAAAAGAUUACAUUAUUAUCAGGUG